AUGAUUGACAUCGUCGAGGACACUGCUGUCAAAUCACUUUCUGCUAUGAACAACUACUUAAAUACAAUACCUAAGCAGUUUCCAUCUAUUGAACAUGCCGUUCGAUGGCAUAUCGAUUCAAAUCUGUUGCACAAUGUUGAUAGCUCACUCAUUUCUGUGCCAAGUUUAUUCACUCGCACCGAAGAAGGACAAUAUAAAUGGAUUAUCGACUUAAGGAAAACUGAACCUUUUUGGCACGAUUGGUUUGAAGGUUUGUCAAAAAGGUUUGUCAGCAUACCCAAUCGCAUUUCCAAGCUACUCAUCUUGGCCAAUAAUGAUUACUUGGACAAAGACUUAAUGAUAGGACAGAUGCAGGGCAAAUACCAAUUGGUCGUUUUUCACAACAAUCAGCUGAAUCAUGCCAAUACAAUCACCACAGCUACUCAAACUAUACCAUCGCAGGACGCCAGCAACUUAGGACAUUUUGUGCAUGAAGACAUACCACUCAAAGUAGCUGCAAGUCUGGUUGACUUUGUUGAGAGAAAUGACUACAAAUUCGCAUCUACAAACUCGUCCUCGUCAAACAUUAAAUCUCAGGCGGACUUACUUAGUGCCUUUAACGCCAAAUGGGGAGUCUCCCAUUAA